GCCUCUCCGCUCUACAUUUUCGGGGAAACCCGGGGACCGCUGAGGGGGAAGCCAAACGGGGUACAGGAAGGGGCCGCCGCAGAGGGCUGGCCGCCCUUUGGGGUGUCGGGGCCGUGGGUCUGAGCGAUGAGGAGGGGCCAUGGCCAGCGACGGGGCCAGGAAGCAGUUCUGGAAGCGCGGCAGCAGCAAGGUCCCGGGCAGCAUCCAGCACGUGUAUGGCGCUCAGCACCCGCCCUUCGAUCCCCUGGUCCACGGCACCUUGCUCAAGGCCACGCCCAGGGCGCCCACCACGCCGGCCAAGGCCAAGCGAGUCAGCACGUUCCAGGAGUUUGAGAGCAACACCAGCGACGCCUGGGACGCCGGCGAAGACGAUGACGAGCUCCUGGCCAUGGCGGCCGAGCGCCUCAACACCGCGGUCGUCAUGGAGACGGCCCGCCGCGUCCUGCGCAACCACAGCCAGCGGCAGGCGCGCCCCCGGCCGCCCGGGGCCGCGGGGCCCUCGGCGGAGCGCUCGGCGGAGCCCCCCGAGGCCCCCGGCGGCGACCUGCGGCUGGUGAAGUCAGUCAGCCAGAGCCACGCGGCCUGUCCUGAAGGAAGCGCCAGCGACGCCGUCCCUCUGCAGAGGUCCCAGUCUCUCCCGCACGCGGCCACGGUGGCGCUGGGCGGGACGCCUGAGCCCAGCACCCUCAGCAGCUCGGCCUUAAGUGAAAGAGAGGCCUCUCGGCUGGACAAGUUCAAGCACCUGCUUGCGGGCCCCAACACAGACCUCGAGGAGCUCAGGAGGCUAAGCUGGUCCGGGAUCCCCAAGCCCGUCCGUGCCGUCACGUGGAAGCUGCUCUCAGGUUACCUUCCUGCCAAUGUAGACCGAAGACCAGCCACUCUCCAAAGAAAACAGAAAGAAUAUUUUGCUUUUAUUGAUCACUAUUACGAUUCCAGGAAUGAUGAGGUUCACCAGGAUACCUAUAGACAGAUCCACAUAGACAUCCCACGAAUGAGUCCCGAAGCAUUGAUACUUCAGCCCAAAGUGACAGAGAUUUUUGAAAGGAUCCUGUUCAUAUGGGCCAUACGUCAUCCUGCCAGCGGAUAUGUUCAGGGGAUAAAUGACCUUGUCACUCCCUUCUUUGUAGUCUUCAUCUGCGAGUACAUAGACGACGUGGACGCGGACUCCGCCGACAUCUCCCAGGUGCCUGAGGACGCGCUGCGCAAUGUGGAGGCCGACACGUACUGGUGCAUGAGCCGGCUGCUGGACGGCAUCCAGGACAACUAUACAUUCGCCCAACCUGGGAUUCAGAUGAAAGUGAAGAUGUUGGAAGAGCUCGUGAGCCGCAUUGAUGCGCAAGUGCACCGGCACCUGGACCAGCACGAGGUGAGGUACCUGCAGUUCGCCUUCCGCUGGAUGAACAACCUGCUGAUGCGGGAGCUGCCCCUGCACUGCACCGUGCGUCUCUGGGACACCUACCAGUCAGAACCCGAGGGCUUCGCCAAUUUCCACCUGUACGUGUGUGCUGCUUUUCUCGUGAGAUGGAGGAAAGAAAUACUGGAAGAAAGAGAUUUUCAAGAGCUGCUGCUCUUCCUUCAGAACCUGCCCACCGCCCACUGGGGUGACGAGGACGUCAGCCUGCUGCUGGCUGAGGCCUACCGCCUCAAGUUCGCCUUCGCGGACGCCCCCAAUCACUACAAGAAGUGAGGCCGGCCCACCGCAGCGGGCCCCCCAUGCCGGGCAGCGCUGCUGCCGCCGGCUGCAGGCCUCGGCCAGGGAGGAGGAGAGGAGGCCUUGCUGGAGUGGCCCGCCGGGACGAGGCGCCGGCCACGGGCAGGGCUGGUGAGGGCGGGCAGCCUCCGCCUCCCGAGAUACCAAAGAGCCGGGGAGCGGCCGGCCGUGGGGCCCCCGGGGCCAGCGCCCCGCCCCCGGCCCCGGAGCGCCCUUGCCAAACGCCCACCUCGUGCGCCCCGCCCCGGGCAGCCUGGGAGGCAGCCCCCCUCAGAGGCCUGCUGUCCGGGCGCUGGGGGCAGAGGGAGGUGGCAGCCCCCUCCUGCCUGCUUGGAAACUUAAACAUUCUAUUCUGUUGAGCGAAGAGAAUAAAGUACAGACAAAGAUGUUCAGUGAAGUGUUGCGCUAAGCCAUGACACCUCUGUGCCCUCCCAGGCCUCCCCUGCGGCCAGGUUCCUGUAACUUGGUCCCUUUACUGGGCCAUGUUCCUGCUUUCUUGGCGUAAACUUGCCCGGAAGGCCGACGGCCAGCCCGGGGCGACUCUGGCUGCAGCCGCCAGCUGUCCGCAGCAGAGAGAGGGCUCCAAGUUGCCUUACUUUGCACCCACAGCCUCUGGAAAGAGGGAACCGGCCCGGGCGGUCUGCCGUGGAGCACACGUAGGUGGGAGCCACUCCGCGGGGCCAGCCUCAGUGUGGGCCGGCUCUCAGGCUCCCCUGGGCCCCUGGGCAGGCGGGUGCAGCCCCUCCUGCCCCGCAAUCAGGGCCCUAAAGGACCCUGGCCCUCCUGUACCCCGCAGGGCUGGAGCGGCCCGAGCCCCUCCCCGUGCCGGGUGUCCGGGCGCGAGUGGACUUGAUCCGCUGGUCGUGGGGCGGCCAGCCCAGCCGCACAGUCCCGCCCCGCCCACCUGUCUUGCUCCCCACAGCUCCUCUGCCUGAGCUGGGGAGGACACGGCAGGGGCUUGUGGCCGCUGGCACCUGGACACGCCCGUGGGGCCCCGGGCCGCAGCUACAGCUCCGACCCCCCGGGACAGGCCCCCAACCUCAGCGGCCACUUCUGCCCUCAGACUCCCGUCCGCUUGCAGCGUCUCUUUCCUGUCAUGUGCCAGCCCUCGGGGCGGGGGCAGGGGGGUCAGCCAGGCCACCGCCCCGUCUUUGCACAGAGGCUGAGGAUCAGGACAACAGAUACACGUGUGUGAUGGUGCGAGCUCCUUGUUUUAUGAAAAGGGUUCCUGGGUCAUUACACGUGCGUAGAAGUCAGCACAAAAUAUUGUACAAAUGUCAGAAGCCCCCAGGUCAGCUGGGAAACCUGCUAACCUUAGGCAAGACAGCGCCCCCACCCACCCCGGCAUCAGGGGCUCCUCACCCCCCCCCAGCUCCAACAGCCCUGGCCCGCUGCUGCCCCCCUGCCUGCGCCCAGUUCUGGGGAGAGGCCCCCUGCUCGGCACUGCCCGCUGCGCUCAGGUUGUCCUUGAGGCCAAAAUGCUGGGAACAAGAAAGCCGUGACCCUGGCGGCAGCUUGUUUUUCAAAUAGGAAGAAUCUACGAGGCUUAGUGAGGCUCUGUGCUUAUUUUCAUGUGUACAUACACCUGAAGCUGAACGUGAGGGGUGUUGGUGGGGGUCCUUGGAGUCUGAGCCAACCAAUCUGAAGUGAUUAAAGACUGUUCUUUCUGGAAUACAAGGUGUGAAACACGGAAUAAAGGUGCAAUGAAACCCCA